CGGCAAAAAACCUAGAGCCGGCCCUGCACUCAGGGCAGUUCCCCCCUCUCCCAGCGACGGGCUCAGGCUCUCUGCAGACCCAGGCAGUGUCCCUGUCUCAGACCUUUCCCCACUUUUUCUCCAAAACCACAAGUUCUAGAAAGGCAAUUUUUGUUUUAACAGAAAGCUGAGACCCUGCCGGAUUCAGGCGUCUCAGUCCUGGGGUCAGUGUCCUGACAGGUGAAUCCAGCUCUUUGCUUCCCCUGCAGCCCCAUCCACGUGCGUCUGGGGGAUUACAACCUGUAUGUCCGCGAGGACACCGAGCAGUACAAAGGAGUGGCCAAAACCAUCAUCCACCCCGGCUACAACUGCACGGACCACGACAACGACAUCAUGCUGCUGAAGCUGCAGACCCCGGCCACGCUCAACCGCUACGUCCGGCCGCUGGGCCUGGCCUCCCAAUGUGCGGAGCCGGGCGAGCAGUGCUCGGUGUCGGGGUGGGGCACCGCUCUCAACGCCCCCGAAAACAUCUCCAUCAUCCUCUACUGCACCAUGGUCCACAUCGUCUCUGAUGAGCAGUGCGCGGCCAACUACCCCGGGCACGUCAACAGGAACAUGGUCUGUGCAGGCUUGAAGGGCGGGGGCACGGAUUCCUGUGAGGGCGACUCCGGCGGCCCGCUGGUGUGUAACGGGAAGCUGCAGGGCGUCGUGUCUUGGGGCGACGUGCCCUGUGUCUCCACCCUGAAACCCGGCGUUUACAUGAACAUCUGUAAAUACCACGACUGGCUGCAGGCCACCAUGUGGACAAACUGAGCCCCCAACUGCUUUGGGCUGGGACCCCAGAAUAAACCAGGUGCUACUCCCUUGAGCCUCAGCAUCUCCUUUCCCCCCUUGGCCUGCGCAUCCUGUGCUUCUGCUCACGACUGUUUUUUCCCUCCGUCAAUAACUUGGAAAGAAAAUUGCUUAUUUUUUAAAUGCCGCUGGAAAUUUUUUUCACUUCAGUUCCCCAUUUUUUGAUGAAAAUGCUCAAAACCGACCUCUUUCCCAACAUUCCUUUUGCAUUUUCAUUUCAUUUUUUUUUUCAAUUUUCAAGUCAACCCUCUCCCCCAAAGUCUAAAACGUGAGAGAAAAUGGGCGUGGGGUGUUUCUCCUUCACUUUCUCUCCCUUUUUAAAAGCUUCCCUCCCCCCAACGUUUUCCACUGGGAAAAAAAGUAGGAAGGAGUAAAAAACUGAUCGAGAAAUUGCCACGCAAAAAAACAUUUUGCUGGGAUUAUAUUUUUGUUGAAAAGCAGGAAGAAAAGUGAAAGAUUUUGAAUGCAAGAUAAUGUUUUUUCCACUAGAAAAAAAAAAGUGUGUCGGGGGAUUAACUCAAAUUUGUUUUCCCGGAAAAAUGGGAUAAAAAACUGAAAAACGUUGAAUGUGACAAAAUCUUUUUUUCACCCGAGAAAAGGGGGGGAAAGUGAAAAAAAAUGACUCAAAAUUUGUUUUACUGGAAAAAUGAGGUAAAAAAGUUUAACUCAACAAAAACACUUUUUUCCUGAAAAACAGAAUAAAAAAGUGAACAAUUUCAAAUGUAACAAAACCCUUUUUUUCCUGGGAAAAUGGAAAAUAGUGAAAGACUUUGAUCUCAACAAAACCUUUUUCCACUGGAAAAGAAUGUGUGUGUGCGUGUGUAGACUUGUAAAGUCAGGAAUGCAACAAAAUCUUUUUCCCAGCAGAAAAACAGGAAUAAAGUUUCUAAGGCUGUUUAAACAA